AUGUCCAUCCUCUCCAUGGCUAGGAUCCAUAUAGAUCAUGCUGGUCCUUUUAUGGGGAAAACAUUUCUCAUCAUUGUUGACGCACAUUCCAGAUGGCUAGAAGUAGAGAUUGUCAGUUCUACAUCAGCUGGAGCCACUAUUCAGGUUCUAAGGAAGCUGUUUGCUACGCAUGGAUUGCCUGAACAAGUAGUCUCAGACAAUGGAACAGCUUUUACUAGUCAUCAGUUUAAAGAAUUUAUGAGUAAGAAUGGUAUCUGUCACUCCCUAACUUCCCCAUAUCAUCCUCGUUCAAAUGGUCUGGCAGAACGAGCUGUUCAGAUAACUUUGAUAUUACAAAGUUAUCUUUGA